AUUACGGUCUCCAAACCCUAACAUUUUAUCUUCUCACAUUCUCCACCGCUCUCUUUCUCGACUCUCUCUUCUUCUCCGAUAAUGGAGUUUUGGUCUGUUGAGGUUGAAAGUGGUACACCGUUUAAAGUAAGACUUGAAGCCGAGGUUUUGUAUAUUUUUCAGGCGUCUCUUGGAGAAGUUAAGAAGAAAAAAGAUGAGUUUAUUAAUCUGCACAUCACUGUAGAUGCCGAAAAGCAUCUAGUAGGAACCCUUCACCCGAAGAGGCUGCCUCAAAAUGUCUAUGUUUAUAUUGUAUUAAUAUUGGAGUUCGGUGUUGUCUACUCCUUGACCACUUUGCGUGUGUGUUAUGUGAUCACUGAUCCUAAAGUUCAUACAAAUUCUGCUGAUGAUCAGGAUAAACAUGAUUCCUUUGAUGAUGACAAAGACAAUGUUGAAGAGCAAGAUGCAACAAACAAGCAGCAAUAUAAAAAGAAUAGCCUGAAUGUUACUGCAAAAGAAAAGAAAGUUGGAAAGGCGCAAAAGCGGGCGGCUACUAGCACUCCAGAUGGAGGAAAAAAGUCAAAUCAGAAAAAGCAGCGCUUUUGAGAGU